AUGCUUUUAAAGAUUUCCGUUAAAGCAUUUAUUGCUUUGCAGCAUUGCAACCGAUUAAAAUUAAAAGUAAAAUUGGAAAUGGCCGAAAACGAAAAAAAAAAGGAAAAAAACAACCUAUUUAAUUUAAAGUUGCUAAUAAAACGCAAACGGAACGGUUUUUUGCUAAAAGCAACGAAAAUAAAGGAAAGUUUUUUAAUUACAAAGCGGCAACAAAUAAUACAAUAUUAUAAUUAUUUAAAAACCGAAACGCAAUUAGCACGGGAAUUUAUUAAAACCGUAUGCGAAACUUUUUUAAAAUUAGCACGCCGCAAACGGUUUAAAUUAGCAACGCUUUACGGGAAAAUUACGAAAAGGAAACGAAAAAAACGAAAUAGCAUAAUUAAUUACGUUUGGGUAACCAAUUUUAAUUCCAAUAAACCAAAAAUUGGAAAUGGAAAAACGUUAAAUUAA